CAAUUGUUGAGCAUCACAGAUUGUCUGUCACGUGCUUUGCAAAGGAAGGACCAAGACAUUGUUGAGGCAAUGCAUUUGAUCAUAGAUGUGAAAGAGCAGUUGCAGGAUAUGAGGGAUAAUGGAUGGGAUCCAUUAUUCAAAAGAGUGAAAGAAUUUUGUGAUAAGAAUGAGAUUGAAGUGCCAGAUAUGGACAAGGAAAUAAAUGCUAGAGGGAUAUCUGCACGUAGAAAGCAAAAGGCAACAAACAUGCACUUCUACCAUGUUGAGGUUUUCCUUGCUGCCAUAGAUGCCAUUUUGUCCGAGAUGAAUCAUCGAUUUGGUGAAGUUAGUUCAGAAUUAUUAGUAUGCAUGGCUUGUCUUAACCCAAGAAACUCCUUCUCUAAUUUUGAUGUGGAUAAGCUUGUGAGACUUGCUCAAAUUUAUGCUAUGGAUUUUGAUGUUGGUGACCUUAUUCUUUUGCCAACUCAACUGAGAAGUUUUGUCAGUCGUGCUAGAAGAACUCAAGAUUUUCUUGGAUGUGUGGAGCUUGGAAAGGUUGCUGAAAUUAUGGUCAAGACUGAAAUGAACACAUCUUAUCCAUUGGUGUAUCGGCUCAUUAAGUUAACAUUAAUUCUUCCGGUGGCAACAGCUACAGUUGAGAGAAUAUUUUCUGCUAUGUCUAUUGUAAAGACAGAUUUGCGUAACAAAAUGGGUGAUGAAUGGCUCAAUGACUUAAUGAUAUGCUACACUGAGAAGGAGAUAUUUAGAAGCAUCAAGAAUGACAAAAUCAUAAAACGGUUUGAAGACAUGAAGGACCGGCGUAUGUUAGUGCCUCGGAACAAUUUAGUGAUUUCUUCUAAUGCUUCAUGAAAAAUACGGCAGCGGGAAUGCGUCCUCAACUCGUCUUCGAUCGAUCUUUUGUUGGUUAGUCAUAACUCAUAAAAAUUGUAUCUUUCACAUCUUAUUAUGCGUUUUAUGAUGCAUUUUUGA